CUUUACGACAGAUUUUUCUGUUUUGAGUUGAUAGCGGAAAAUUGCAAGACUAGCGUUUAGCCUGUAUUCAUUGUGGGUAGCUGGAGCUUGCUAACCGUUGCCGAUAACUUAACAUUUAAUGGUUUAUUUGUCCACGUUUUGGAUAACCUUUUAUCAUGGAUGUAGGCGAGCUACUGAAUUAUCAGCCUGACAGGGGGGCAAAACGUCUACGGGCUGGUGAUGAUGACGAUGAUGACCCCAGAAACAAAAAGGCUGGCAGAGAACUGGCCAGACACCUGGAGGGAGAUGACAGUGAAGACCCGAGUAGUGAUAGGAAGAGAAUACUGGAGAAACUCAUGGAUGAUGAUGAGGACGCAGAUGACCAAGAGGGUGAACCAGUGGAUGAGAGUUCAGUGAAGAAAAUGAUCUUGACCUUUGAAAAAAGGUCCUACAAGAACCAAGAGCUGAGGAUAAAGUUCCCAGACACCCCAGGAAGGUUCAUGGAAACAGAGCUGGAUUUGAAUGACAUCAUCCAGGAGAUGCAUGUCAUAGCCACCAUGCCUGAUCUCUACCACCUGUUGGUAGAGCUCAAUGCUGUGCAUUCCCUGCUGGGCUUACUCAGCCAUGAGAACACAGAUAUAGCCAUUGCAGUGGUUGAUUUGUUACAAGAGCUGACAGACAUCGACACACUUCAUGAAAGUGAGGAAGGGGCUGAAGUACUCAUAGACUCUUUGCUGGAGGGACAGGUUGUGGCCCUUCUGGUGCAGAACAUGGAGAGGCUGGAUGAGCAGGUGAAGGAGGAAGCUGAUGGAGUCUACAACACGUUAGCCAUCAUUGAGAACAUGGCCGAGUUCAGGCCUGGCCUGUGCACAGAAGCAGCUCAGCAAGGACUCAUGCAGUGGUUGCUCAAAAGAAUCAAGGCAAAGAUUCCUUUCGAUGCUAACAAGCUGUACUGCAGUGAAGUCUUGGCUAUCUUGCUUCAAAACAAUGACAGCACCAGGGAGCUCUUGGGGGAGCUGGAUGGAAUUGACGUGUUACUGCAGCAGCUCUCUGUGUUCAAACGCCACAACCCAGCCACAGCGGAGGAGCAGGAGAUGAUGGAGAACCUGUUUGAUGCCAUGUGCUCCUGUCUGAUGCUGGCUGCCAACCGGGAUCGCUUCCUCAGGGGAGAGGGUCUGCAGCUCAUGAACCUCAUGCUUAGGGAAAAGAAAAUGUCUCGGACCAGCGCUCUGAGGGUCUUAGACCACGGCAUGAUUGGCCCAGAGGGUUCUGAUAACUGCCACAAGUUUGUGGACAUCCUGGGCUUGAGGACCAUUUUCCCCCUGUUCAUGAAGACCCCCAAGAAGAUGAGGAAAGCUGGGGCCGCAGACAAAGAACAUGAAGAACACGUGUGUUCCAUCAUAUCUUCCUGCCUGCGGAACCUGAAAGCCCAGCAGAGGACGAGGCUCCUUAGCAAGUUCACUGAGAACGACUGUGAGAAGGUUGAUAGACUGAUGGAGCUGCAUUUUAAGUACCUGGAAGCUGUUCAGUUGGCUGACAAGAGGAUAGAAGGAGAGAAACACGACAUGGUUAAACGUGGUGAGAUUCUGGAUGAUGUGAUGGAGGAUGAGUUCUACCUACGGAGGCUGGAUGCUGGACUGUUUGUCCUCCAGCUCCUCUGUUAUAUCAUGGUGGAGAUCAGCAACUCUGGGAUAUCUCAGCUGCAGCAGAGGGUGCAUCAGAUCCUCAACCUGAGGGGAGGCUCUGUCAAAGUGGUGCGGCACAUCAUGAGAGAGUAUGCUGAAAACAUUGGUGAUGGGAAGAGUGAGGAGUUCAAAGAGAGCGAGCAGAAGAGGAUCAUGGACCUGCUGGAGAACUUCUAACCCUAACCAACCACUGGGGGGAGUCUCCACACACUCAGACAGAAGAUACCAGGGCCCAGCAAGUGCAGAGAAGGUGUAUUGAUUGCUCUCUCUGGGCUGGAAACAUGUGAUGGACCAUAGUGACUCAAAAUAUAUUAACAAAGAUACGCAGUCUUAAGCUGCAACUAUUUCAGACGCACAUGUUUGUGGUGUUUUGAGUUGUGUGUUUUAUAAUAAACAUUUGGUAAUAAAAUCCUA